GCUUAUUGAUUGUCCACUGCUCAGUUAUCAUAUCAGCUGGUAUGUCGCAUGAACGUACGGUCUUGAGGAGUAGACAAUUUUUGAUAUUUUAAUACCAAAUUUUACGCAAUUUGUCUAGUCUUACUUUUAUACCAAAAAUUAAAUACUUAGUAUUAAUUCAUAGUUCCUUUGUAGAUUUAUCAAUAAUUUGCCUAAAAACUGCACACUAUCCUAUUUAAAAACCAGCUUUAAUUGUGCACUAUAUAUCUGACAACAAUUAUACGAUGGAAAAUCAGAAACUAUUGGAUUUAGAAACCGAUAAAACAGAAAACGAUCAGAAAACUAUUUCCUCGGAUAUUGAUGAUGGGAUGUUGUCUGAAGAGUUAAAACACAAAUAUGAAAAUGCUAUUGAUGAUGACCUUUACAAUCUAACUGAGAAAGUAAUUAAUACUGAAAAACCACCUCCACUUGAAAAUACUUAUGAAGUAAUUGAUCAGGAAUCUAAAACUGUUCAUGACGUCCAGGAAGAAGCUGAAGAUUCAAAUAUAUCUGACGAAGAGAAAGAUAAUUUAUUUGAAAAUGAUCCAGUAUGUUAUAAAAAAAACGAGGAUCUUGGAACUCUUCCACCAAUAGAAUCCCCAAAAGCAGAAGAACAAGUAUCUUCUGAAAAACUUGAAUCUAUGAUAACAAAUGUUACUAAAACAGCGAUCAUUCAGGAAAAUGAACCUGUGGAUAAUGUACAAUCCAAAGUAAAAAUUUCAGAUAUUCCAGAAGUCAUUCCAAAAGUGUCUACUAAGAAAGAUUCUGAUGAAGGGGAUGUAUGUGACAUAAAGAUUGGACCUGAUGAACUAUUUUGUAGAAUCGGAUUAGAUAAAUGGUUUAACCCUGAAAAAUUACCACCAAAAGUUGAAGCUUUGGUAUAUUGGAGAGAUCCUGUAUCUUCAGGCAUUGUUUUUGGUGCAACGUUAAUUGUAUUGCUGUCAUUUGCAUAUAUGUCGUUGAUUAGUGUAGUCGCUUAUCUGGCUAUGUUCAUUCAAUCUGGAUGCAUUCUUUUACGUCUAUACAAAACCGCCCUACAAACGGUCAAUAAAACUAAUGAAAGUCAUCCAUUCCAAGAAUAUCUUGACUUGGACAUCAGGCUACCACAAGAAAAAGCUGAAGAACUGAGCAAAUUAGCUGUUGUACACAUUAAUGCUGUAUUGGUUGAAGUUCGUCGUUUGUUACUAGCUGAAGACUUGGUUGAUUCAGCCAAAUUUUUUGGUAUUCUCUGGGUGUUGACAUACGUUGGCGCCUUGUUCAACGGUCUUACACUCAUAAUUAUUGGAUUUAUUGCUCUGUUUACAUUGCCCAAAGUUUAUGAGAACAAUAAGACUCAAAUUGAUCAAAAUAUUGAAGUAGUUAGAAGCAAGAUUGCUGAAUUGACUAACAAAGUUCGAGCUGCUAUUCCAAUCGGAAAAAAGAAUCCAGAGACAAAGAAGAAGGAAUAAACUCUCUUAUUUGUUUUCCUAUUAAAGUCCAUCAAUAUUCUUGUGGUCAAUAAUAAAAAUUUUAGGCCAACA